AUGGGCAUCUGCGGCCUUGUCUACCCGCAGAGGUCUGCAGCAGCCUGUGCUGCGUUCUGUGGGCUGCAGAUUGGUGCCACUGGGCCUCUGUGUGGGGGCCAUGGCUACUGCUCUCUGAAUCCCUUCACUGGAGCAGGGGAGUGUGUGUGCGAUCCCAACUACAUGCUCAACAGCAGCAACAGCAACUCAUGUGUGCCGGGGGCUGCGCGCACAUCGCUGGCAUCUGGCUUGGCGUACGUCUCCCUUGCGGGCUCUGCCUCGCUGCUUUCCAACGGCUCCAUUCUGCUCACCAGCGGCGCUGCCAGCCAGCAAGGCUCUGCCUUUGCAUCGCCAGCGCUGCGCCUCUUCCACAUUCCUGACAAGCGCUCUCCCUGCGGAACUGAGCUGGCCUUCCGAGUUGACUUCACCUUUGCCAAGUUCCCCGGGGAUCAGGGGACGGGUGGGGAAGGGCUUGCAUUUGUGGUGGCGGCAGCUGCUUCUGGCAAGGGGGCGAGUGUGGGGCUGGGAGGGGUGGGGAAGCGGAGUGUGGCGGUGGAGUUUGACUCGGUGCUGAGUGUGAAGCACAGCGACCCCAACGACAACCACGUGGGCGUCAAUGUGGGCGGCUCACCUGUGUCCCUCGCCUCUGCCACGGCCCCUCUCAUCCUCAACGACGCCCACACCAAGCACACCUGGAUCCGCUACGACCCCACCAGCGGCGGCACCCUCCGAGUCUUCCUCUCCUCUGACCCCCAGCAGCCCCUCACCCCCACCCUCACAGCAAGCGUGUCUCUCUGCUCCGUGCUCAAGCCCACUGCAUCCGACUCUCUCUUCCUCUUCGGCCUCGUCGCCCUCUCAGGCAGCCAGCCCCAACGACAUGUCAUUUUGUCCUGGAACUUCAUCACAGGUGUUCCCUCUUCUCUGUAG